AUGUUCAAUUCUGCUACUGCUUUAACUUUUGCAUCACCAUCUUCUGUGGUUGAUAGUGAAGAAGAAGAGAUCAGCACCAACUCUCCUCUCUCGGAACAUCUUUCCACCAAAUCCAUCAAACGAACCCUCUCCAAAGUUCUCCAUCAAUACGAACAUGAAUUCAAAAACGCUCUUUCACAAGAACAGCACCUAUGGAAGGAGAGAAAACGCCAACUCGAUGAAAGAGAACACUCCAUUGCCCUGAAAGAACACGAUUUAGAAAAGACUGAACAAGCCUUGAAGGAACACGUUUCACGACAAGUCUCGGAACAAGUCGAGAAGAAGCGAAAGGAAAUGAUGAGCGAAUUUGCUCAACGAGAAUUGAAGAUUGCAAAACUCGAGGAACAAGUGGCGAGUACUUGCUUGCUGGAGAAUCGUCUCGGUCCGAAUCGAGUCAUUCGUCUCAAUGUAGGAGGUAAACUCUUUUGUACCUUUCUCUCCACGUUGAAGAAUGAAAAGGAUUCCUUUUUUGGUGCCUAUUUUAAUGAUUACUUUGAUCCGAAACCAGAACAACACGAUCAAGCCUUUUUCAUUGAUCGUCCCUAUGAACACUUUCAUUUGAUUUUGAAUCAUUUGAGAGGAGUGGAUAUUACUAACAACUUGAACAAGAUGAAGGAAGAUGAAUUAAGUAACUUUAUGGAAGAAGUCAUGUUUUAUCAAAUCCCUUCCAUUUUCAAUCUCUUUCCUCGUGGUCAUGGCAAAGCCAUGUUGAUGAAUAAGUACGGUAUUCAAAUUCCAGAUAUGUUGUUUCAUCCUAAUUACAUCUCUUCCAAUGCAGAACUUUCACCCGAUCACCGAAGAGUUCGAAAGAUUGCAGGUGAUUAUGAUUGGAAUUGUUCCUGUUUGGGUAAAAAAGAGUGA